AAUUUAAUUUUUCUAAUAAAAAUUUUUUGGACUAAGUAAGUGUCUAAAAAAAAAAUUGACAACUAUUUUGACCACGCGAAUAUCAAGCGUACUCUUACUGCCACUGCGGUAACCUCUUUUCCGUUGAAACCCGUGGGCCAAGAGUCUGGUCAUCAUGAGUCUCAAGCUCCAGAAACGUCUCGCCGCAUCGGUGAUGCGAUGUGGUAAAAAGAAGGUAUGGUUGGAUCCUAAUGAAAUAAAUGAAAUCUCCAACACCAACUCCCGCCAAAACAUCCGAAAAUUGAUCAAGGAUGGUUUGAUCAUCAAAAAACCCGUAGCUGUACACUCCCGUGCCCGUGUACGUAAAAACCAAGAAGCUAGACGUAAAGGUCGUCACUGUGGUUUUGGUAAAAGAAAGGGUACAGCUAACGCGCGUACACCACAGAAGGAAUUAUGGGUCCAACGCAUGCGAGUCCUUCGUCGUCUCUUGAAAAAAUACCGUGAGACAAAGAAAAUUGACAGACAUCUGUACCACCUUUUGUACAUGAAGGCUAAGGGUAACGUGUUCAAGAACAAGCGUGUUCUUAUGGAGUACAUCCACAAGAAGAAGGCCGAGAAGGCGCGUACGGAGAUGCUUUCUGACCAAGCCGAAGCCCGUCGUACCAAGGUACGUGAAGCCCGCAAGCGACGUGCUGAGAGAAUCGCAGCCAAGAAACAAGAGCUUUUGCAAUCUUACCAACGCGAAGACGAAGCCGCUGCUGCGCAAAAGAAAUAAAUUACAUAUUCUUUGUUUAAAUAAAUAAAAAACCAUAAUUUACAGUGGAUCUUUCUCAUUA